AUGUUGUCGAUCUUGAAAGCGACGGCCCUCGAGCCACUGGUCACUGGGCCGUUGUUGUUUUCUCUGCCCAGGCUUCCUCCAUCACUUCUCGAGCAGCUCCCUCCGAGCAUCUACAGCGUCAUUCGAUCGCCACGCACUGCCAGCGCUCUUACUUUCCUUCUGAUCCUGGGGAUCUUGAGAAAGACCAAUAGGUUCCUCGCACGACGGGCGGUCGACAACUGGACACGGAGCAACCGCUGGGAUGCCAGCAAAGAACUCGUCGUGGUCACAGGAGGAGCGAGCGGCAUUGGUGAGAAAGUGGCUGCAAGCCUGGCGACAAAAGGCGUCAAGGUGAUUAUCCUCGACGUCAAUACACCUAAAACACCACUGCCGCCAAAUGUUGCCUUCUUUCAGGUCAACAUCACAUCCUCAGACGCCGUAAGAGAAGUCGCCAAUGAAAUCCGCAAGGCACAUGGCCACCCAACGGUCCUCGUCAACAAUGCGGGUGUGGGCGACACGGGAACGAUCCUGGAUCUGUCGGAAGCGACGGUCCGGAGAACGUUCGACGUCAACACGAUCAGCCACUUCGUCCUGGUCAAGGAAUUCUUGCCCGAGAUGGUCCGCAACAACCAUGGCCACGUGGUCACGGUCGCGAGUAUGGCCAGCUUCGUCACCGCUGGGAGUAUGGUCAACUAUGCGUGCUCCAAAGCGAGCGCGCUCGCAUUUCACGAAGGGCUCGGUCAGGAGCUGAAAUACUGCUAUAACGCUCCGAAAGUGCGCACCAGCAUUGUCCACCCCAGCUGGGUUGCCACGCCGAUGACCCAGCUCUUACAAGACGUCGACGAGGGCUUCCGACGAACGGCUCUUCGCGUCGAGACGGUCGCGGAUGCCAUCGUCAAGCAAAUCGUCUCGGGCAGCAGCGGACAGAUUAUCCUCCCGCCUCACCUGUCCAAUGCGGCACUCCUCAGAGCUCUGCCAUUUUGGAUCCAGGGAGCGGUGCGAGGCCAGGUCACGAAAAUGCUGCAGCGCUCGGGGGUUUAG